CUGGGGCUGGCGCAUGCGCAUCUCCUGUGGUGCCGCACGAUGGCUGCCAGCCAUUUUGUCUCGCGUCCGUACUCUAAGGAGUUGGCGGCGACGGCAGCUGUCGCAGCCGCCAAAGACUAACAGUGACUUCUCGGCGGUGGGAAUUUUCCGAUCCCCGUUGUGUGAGCUGAACAGCCCCAAGAAAGCGACCACCUAGGAAGCAAAAGGCGGGGUAGGGUGGAGCGCUGGAGCCCCUCCCUCUAACUUCUCCUUAGUUUGACCAGUUCGCUUACCCUCCCCUUCCAGUUUUUGCUCUGUCCCGCUAUACGCUUGCCUACUGCGCAGGCGCACAAAUCAUCGCGGCUCCUCCUUGGCCCUUGGGGCUUGCAAGCUUCUGCGCGCGCUUCUCUUUCUCCACUCUUGAUUGGUGAGAUUGCUCCGCCAUCACGCCUCCCUUGGCUUUCAAGCUUGGGAAGGAAGCUGGGGGCGGGGCCAAGCUGCGCGUGCGCAAUACUGUUGCUGUUCCUUUGCUGCUAUUGCGUUGCAAAAAAAAAAAAAAAAAUCUCGACUAGUAGCUUUGGGUCUUUUCUGUGCUAGAGUCUAAAGGAGAGAGAAAAGAUUUCUGCAACUGAAGGGGCAGUCGGGUAGUAUUAAAUUUAAUAUAUUAACGCCCGCCCUGGCUUACAGGAGUGUAAGGAUAGAGGUGGGGAAGGGCCUUAGCUUUGAGAGCCGAAGAAUAUAAAACCAUUAGUUUAGGGUCCAGGCGUUUUGAAAGGUUUUGCAGAUCCUGUUUUCUACGUAAUUCUUCCGUGAUUACAGACUGGUUUAAACACGAUCCCUUGAACAUUAUUGAUAAACCUUCGAAACCCGCAGCCCCUCCUUGCAGCGAGUAAGAGCCGCCAGCGUGCCCGGCAGCUGGUCUUCGCGUCAGUACUUCCAGAAGAGCUCAGCGCGUGCACCAUCCCCACCCCCUGGCCUCCCUCCCCACCUCGGGCUUUCACGCACUCGCAGUGAUUGUUUUGCCCGCUCCCGCCGCCGCCGCCGCCGCCGCCGCCGCGGCCGCCAGAGGAGCAGCAGCGCUUGUGCAAACCGGGAAGAUGGCGGCCGGCGGCGGCGGAGGCAGCAGUAAGGCCUCCUCCUCGUCGGCCUCUUCGGCAGGGGCUUUGGAGUCCUCGUUGGAUCGAAAAUUCCAGUCGGUAACUAACACCAUGGAAUCCAUUCAAGGCCUGUCGUCUUGGUGUAUAGAGAACAAGAAACACCACAGCACUAUCGUCUACCAUUGGAUGAAGUGGCUCCGGAGAUCUGCAUAUCCCCACCGUUUGAAUCUCUUUUACCUUGCCAAUGAUGUCAUACAGAACUGUAAGAGGAAAAAUGCAAUCAUAUUCCGUGAAUCGUUUGCUGAUGUACUUCCUGAAGCAGCUGCUCUAGUGAAGGAUCCAUCUGUUUCUAAGUCUAUAGAACGAAUCUUUAAAAUCUGGGAAGAUAGAAAUGUAUACCCGGAAGAAAUGAUUGUGGCAUUGAGAGAAGCUUUGAGUACCACUUUCAAAACUCAGAAGCAGCUGAAAGAAAAUCUGAACAAACAACCGAAUAAGCAGUGGAAGAAAUCACAAACAUCCACGAAUCCAAAAGCUGCUCUCAAGUCUAAGAUAGUUGCUGAAUUUCGAUCUCAGGCCCUAAUUGAAGAGCUGUUGCUAUACAAGCGCUCAGAAGAUCAGAUAGAAUUGAAGGAAAAACAAUUGUCAACUAUGAGGGUAGACGUGUGCAGCACGGAAACUCUCAAAUGCUUAAAAGAUAAAACAGGUGGGAAGAAGUUCUCCAAAGAAUUUGAAGAGGCAAGCUCCAAGUUGGAGGAAUUUGUGAAUGGAUUAGAUAAGCAAGUGAAAAAUGGGCCCUCACUAACAGAAGCACUGGAAAAUGCUGGAAUUUUCUAUGAAGCACAAUACAAAGAAGUAAAAGUGGUAGCUAAUGCAUACAAAACCUUUGCUAACCGAGUUAACAAUUUAAAGAAAAAGUUGGAUCAGUUAAAGUCAACCCUUCCUGAUCCUGAAGAAUCACCAGUCCCUUCCCCAAGCAUGGAUGCUCCCUCCCCAACUGGUUCUGAGUCUCCUUUUCAGGGCAUGGGGGGUGAGGAAUCCCAGUCACCAACCAUGGAGAGUGAGAAAUCUGCCACACCUGAACCUGUCAGAGAUAAUCGUGAUGUGGAAGACAUGGAACUCUCAGAUGUGGAAGAUGAUGGGUCAAAAAUCAUUGGUAUGUCCUUAGUGGAGGACAGGAAGGAAAAACCUGUGGAGAAGUCAGCUACCUCCACUUCUGUGCCUGCAAAGCCAGCAGAAAGCACCUCCAAGGCCUCUGCAUGUGCUCCAGUGCCUGCAACCCUGACAGCAACUCCAUCUCUUCCAAAGCCUUCGAAUACUUCUCUUCUGUCCCCAACCCCAGCGCUGGCUUUGCCAAAUCUGGCUAAUGUGGAUCUGGCUAAGAUCAGUUCCAUCCUUAGUAGCCUAACAUCAGUCAUGAAAAAUACUGGGGUCAGUCCUGCAUCGAGACCUUCUCCAGGAACUCCUACCAGUCCCAGCAACCUCACCACUGGCCUGAAAACACCUGCCCCUGCCACAACAACAUCUCAGAACCCUCUGGCAAAUAUCCUCUCGAAGGUGGAGAUCACCCCAGAGAGCAUUCUAUCUGCUCUUUCCAAAACCCAGACACAGUCAGCCCCUGCACUACAAGGCCUGUCAUCUUUACUUCAGAGUGUUACUGGGAACCCAGUUCCAGCCAGCGAAGCUGCAUCACAGAGCACUUCAGCCUCCCCUGCCAGCACCACAGUCUCUACCGUAAAGGGGAGAAAUCUGGCCUCUAAUACCCAAUCUUUUAUUUCUAAAAGCUUCAACUAUUCUCCUAAUUCAACUUCUGAAGUCUCUUCAACUUCAGCCACAAAGCCCUCAAUUGGGCAAAGCCCAGGGCUCCCAAGCACUACUUUCAAACUGCCGUCCAACUCUCUGGGGUUCACAGCCACCCACAGCACUGGCCCUGCUGCUGCACCCGCUGACGUUGCCAUAUGCCAGUCUUCAGAGAUCUCCAAGCCAAAGCUGGAAUCAGAGUCCACGUCCCCAAGCCUGGAAAUGAAGAUCCACAACUUUUUAAAAGGUAACCCUGGUUUCAGUGGCUUAAAUUUAAAUAUCCCAAUCCUGAGCAGUCUGGGGUCCAGCGCCCCCUCAGAGAGCCACUCCUCCGACUUCCAACGCGGCCCUGCUAGCACUUCAGUGGACAACAUUGAUGGAACCCCUGUGCGGGAUGAACGGAGUGGGACACCCACCCAGGAUGAGAUGAUGGACAAGCCCACCUCUAGCAGUGUAGACACUAUGUCCCUGCUUUCUAAGAUCAUUAGCCCCGGUUCCUCAACACCCAGUAGCACAAGAUCACCACCCCCUGGGAGAGAUGAAAGCUACUCCCGGGAGCUCUCCAAUUCUGUAUCUACUUAUCAACCCUUUGGCCUGGGCAGUGAAUCUCCCUAUAAGCAGCCUUCUGAUGGAAUGGAGAGACCAUCUUCCCUAAUGGACUCUUCACAGGAAAAGUUCUAUCCAGAUACUUCCUUUCAAGAUGAAGAUUACCGAGAUUUUGAGUAUUCAGGGCCUCCACCCUCUGCCAUGAUGAACCUAGAGAAGAAACCAGCCAAAUCUAUCCUGAAAUCAAGCAAACUUUCUGAUACCACCGAAUACCAGCCAAUCUUGUCCAGUUACAGCCACAGGGCCCAAGAAUUUGGGGUAAAGUCUGCCUUCCCUCCAUCUGUAAGGGCCCUUCUGGACUCCAGUGAGAACUGUGACCGUCUCUCCUCUUCUCCUGGGAUAUUUGGUGCCUUCAGCAUAAGAGGAAAUGAACCUGGGUCUGACCGGUCACCAUCGCCGAGUAAGAAUGAUUCAUUUUUCACCCCUGACUCCAACCACAAUAGUUUGUCUCAGCCUACCACUGGGCAUCUCAGUUUGCCACAGAAGCAGUACCCAGACUCUGCUCACCCAGUCCCACAUCGUUCCCUUUUCUCUCCACAGAAUACCCAUGCUGCUCCCACGGGUCACCCACCCACUUCAGGUGUGGAGAAAGUCCUGGCCUCUGCCAUUUCCACCACAUCGACGAUUGAAUUUAAGAAUAUGCUUAAAAACGCCUCACGUAAACCCUCAGAUGAUAAGCAUUUUGGCCAGGCCCCCAGCAAGGGCUCUUCAAGUGAUGGUGUCAGUCUUUCAAACCUUACCCAGCCCAGCUUGACGGCCGCUGACCAGCAGCAGCAAGAAGAGCACUACCGCAUAGAGACCCGAGUCUCCUCCUCAUGUUUAGACUUGCCUGACAGCACGGAAGAAAAGGGGGCCCCUAUAGAAACCUUGGGGUAUCAUAAUGCAUCCAAUAGGAGGAUGUCAGGAGAGCCAAUACAGACUGUAGAGUCCAUCCGAGUUCCUGGGAAGGGAAAUAGAGGACAUGGGCGCGAGGCUUCAAGGGUGGGUUGGUUUGAUCUGAGUACCUCGGGCAGCUCUUUUGACAAUGGCCCCUCAAGUGCCUCUGAGUUGGCAUCCCUUGGGGGUGGGGGCAGCGGAGGCCUCACUGGCUUUAAAACAGCACCAUACAAGGAACGGGCACCCCAAUUUCAGGAGAGUGUCGGCAGCUUUCGUUCCAACAGUUUCAACUCAACAUUUGAGCAUCAUCUUCCCCCAUCCCCCUUGGAACACGGGACACCCUUCCAGAGAGAGCCAGUGGGGCCAUCAUCUGCCCCACCUGCCCCUCCCAAGGAUCAUGGUGGUAUCUUCUCUCGAGAUGCACCCACUCAUCUGUCCUCUGUGGAUCUUUCGAACCCCUUCACAAAGGAGGCAGCCCUGGCCCAUGCUGCCCCACCCCCUCCUCCUGGAGAGCACAGCGGAGUUCCUUUUCCCACCCCACCCCCUCCUCCACCCCCUGGGGAACAUAGCAGCAGUGGUGGGAGUGGUGUUCCUUUUGCUACUCCGCCCCCUCCUCCAACCCCUGUUGACCACUCUGGAGUUGUACCCUUCCCAACCCCAGCACUGGCAGAGCAUGGAGUGGCAGGGGCUGUGGCAGUAUUUCCUAAGGACCAUAGUUCCCUUCUUCAAGGGACCCUGGCUGAGCAUUUUGGGGUGCUCCCAGGACCCAGGGACCAUGGGGGCCCCACCCAGCGGGACCUCAACGGCCCUGGCCUUAGCCGUGUACGUGAGAGCCUGAGCCUACCCGCCCAUUCUCUGGAGCACCUGGGCCCAGCCCAUGGAGGAGGAGGUGGGGGAGGCAGCAACAGCAGCGGUGGCCCUCCCUUGGGUCCCUCACACAGAGACACCAUCAGCCGGAGUGGUAUGAUUUUACGGAGUCCCCGGCCAGACUUUCGGCCUAGGGAACCUUUUCUCAGCAGAGACCCGUUUCACAGUUUAAAGAGACCCAGGCCACCUUUUGCUAGGGGCCCUCCGUUCUUUGCACCAAAACGCCCAUUCUUCCCUCCCAGGUACUGAUGGAAACCAAGGGAAAGGCAUUUUGAACAGUCUAGAGAGCAUUGGAAGUAGGAGUUUGGUUUAUUGUUGUUUUCAUUUGUUUUUCCCUUCCUUGAUUUUUUUUUAAAUUACAACAAAGGGCCUCUCUUCCAAAUUAAAAAAUCAUAUAUGCUUGCAUUUCACUAGUCCAUUCAGUCUUCCCUCCCACUGCACUUAAUCUACCUUCUCUGAGUUAUUUGUAUUUUUUUUUUUUAAGGUAAAUUCAACUUAAGCCACUUCGUUUGGCUGCUGGGGGCUUGGGGAAUGGGGAGGAAAACUUUAUUGAAGAGUAUUACUACAUUUGAAAUAAAACUUCCAUCAGUACAGAUAAUAACAUGUGCGAUGUUGGGAUUUUAUUUGGGGCUUAGCUUAUCAGGUAGUGAAUGGAAGGAUUCCUGUCCCAGCUAAGUAAUUGCUUUCACCAGCUUGUCCUCCCUGUAUGCUCUCUGCUGACAGCCAAGAGAUGUUACAAGGGAGGAAAUGUGGGAGACAUUGAACCUUUCAGGUUUAUUUGUUUUGUUUUGUUUUUAAAGGCAUGUUGAAGUUGAGAUCUUUACCCUUGUAAAAAAAAAAUUUUUUUUUUUUAAAUCAGCCUCUUCCCAUAAAGUUCUGGCAAUAACUUUGAGUACGUACAAACUUGAUUCUAUUCUACUAAAUUUUUUUCUCUUCAUACUUGGAAUGAAAGGACGGGGCUUAAUAUAAUUCAAUUUAGAAUAAGGAGUGAGUACAAUAUAUAAAGUUAGGAAAGGAAGCAUCAGUGGUAUGACGUGACCUGCCUGUUCAUAAACAAAAGAAUAGGGAACAUUUUCAAGGUAGUUUCACAUGUCUUGCAUGCACUUAGCUCUUGCCUCCUGCUCUUCUUUUUUGACUUUUUCUCCCUCAGUUUUUACUCUUCUGUGCCCAGACAGACAGUUACCAUAAUUGACUCAUCAAUACAAAGGUGCAGCUGAAAUAUUAUCCCUGCAUUUUUUAGCAUAAAUAUACAUUAAUUUUACCUUGGUGCCUCCCUAAUGUAAGUGAUAUUUGUUAGUGGUUUUCAACAAAGGUUAACUAUUAGAGAAAGGAAAAAUGUGUCUUUAUUUUUCUUCCUCUUUGACUCAGUCCUAUAUUCACCCCUAUUGAUAUUUUAAAGGAGGAGAUCAGUAGCAUUUUUCUUUAUAUCGUAUCUCUUCAGAUAUGUCUUAGAAGUGGUUAUUAGUAUACACAUGUUUACAGAGAAACAGAAGGUCCUAGUAAGUCCAAAUUUACCCCACACUAUAGAUAGCAGUAUGUUACAUUUCAAGGCUCAGGCUGUAUCCCCACUACCCACCCCAGAAAGUAAAGAUUGAUUCUGCCUUUAAGUCAUUUUACAUGAGAGCGAAGUGCUUUCCUUCUCCCUGGACUGGAAGGCUUAUUUUUAUUUCUAUAUCCAGUACUGGGGAAAAGACAAUCACUGUACGUUUAAUUGGAUAUCUAGAGACACUAAUGAGAAAAUGUUGUUUAACUACUAUUUCGUUUAUUAUUAGCAUCUUACCCUAAGGUGUCCACACUGAUAAUCUCCAGCUAGAUGAAUGAAAGUAUUCAGUUUCGGGGGAAAUGACAGCAUGGUUCAUCUGUUUUCUCCAAGUUAUGUCUGGAACUAUCAGAAGUAUAGGAGCUGCUUCAGACUCCUGCUAAAGGUGUGGAGGGUGGGUGGUGUAGUGACAGAAGGUGAUUCUUUGUUUCAGAGUAAGCUUGCUUUUCAGAGAAAGCAGCUUAAACCAAGUGUGCAUUAGUUGGGGGUCUCUGUGUAAUUUAUUUUGUUAUUUAUUUGGGCUCACUUUGUGUUCUGUAGCAGACCUAGUCAGUUGCUUCCUAAGGCACAUCUGGUCUUCUUCCUUGACCUCAAGCUUCUCUGCCCUGUGUGGGAUGAGGUAUAUAGUGUAGCAAAGAAAAGAAAGUAUACUUAUUAUUGAGUGCUAAGACAUUCGUGUAGAGAAAAGCAUAAUAGAAAUUGGGGGUGGGGAGAAUUCUAUUUUACUUCCAAAAUUGAAAUAGACUUUUUUUUUUGCAUACAAUCAAGCAGGGUGUUUUUCAUUGUAGAAUAAGAAUGUGAAUUCUUUCUGCUACUUUUGUUUAAGCUAAAAGUAGUGUUUACUUGAAAUGCUCUCUGACCUUUUGAUUUUAUCAGAAAAUAUAGAGGUAUCAGAAAAAUAGCUUCCUGAAUGUCAGGACAGAGAGACUGUCCUCAAAGAGUGAUGACUGAUACACAAAAGGAAGGCUUUGUUGUACAGUUUAAAAGAUAGACAUUUAAGGAGUUGGGUUUUUGUGGGUUAUUUUUGUGUUGUCUUUUAAGCCACAGAAUCCUCAGUAUGUUUGUUUUACAGUGGAAGUGAGGAUGUAUCUCUGACAGUCAGCUGUUAAUGUUGAGGAAAUCUGUCUACAACGGUAAAUGAAGAUGACAAUGUAUAUAUGUGAUAUAGUGAAAUGAAAAAGACAGUUCUGGUUUUUGUAACAUGAGACAGAGGGGUUUCAUUCUUUCUGUGUCUGUGAUUUAAAAUUCUAUGACCAUGCUCCAACUUUUGUAUUUCAACCUGCGUUUAAAAAAAAUAAACAAGAUAUUUUUUAAAGAAAGCAUAACUUAGUGUGUCUGGCAAGGACAUGAUUCAUAUGAAAGCCUAAGUAGAAUUUGUUAUUAAGGUUCUUGGUGCUCACUGUAAAAUCACAGACAGAGAAUUGGUUUGGUGGGGGGUUGGAGUACACUAACAGUUUAGUGAUAAGAGUGUUAGAAGGAGGGUGCUUGAGUAUUUUGAAAAAGCUUACUCUUCCUUCAGCUUAGAUAAGAGCUCUUUCCUGAUACCCCUCAGCCCUCUAAAAAGUCAAGAGUAAAUAAAAUGUGGGUUGAUUCCAGGGAGGGUAAAAUGAGCAGAGAAUAGGACCUUUAUCUUUUCCCACACCAGGAAUACAAUGUUUGUGAUAUAUAUGGUACAGCAAACCUGUCUAGAUAAUGUGACUAUGCUAAACUUCCUAACUGCAAAAUCUUCACACUCAAUCCUAAAGUUACUGUGCAGAAUUAAGCUUCAGCUGUUAAUGUUUUGAAGCCGCUGUAAAUUACUGCUUCCUCCUCCCCCCCCCUUUUUUUAAGUGGGCAGGGGUGCCUGUUAAAAUUAGAUAUGUUGGAUUGAAAUUCUCACGUGUUCAGUGUGGAAAACAAAACAAGUACAUGCUUUAGAAGCAACAGAAAUGAAAUCCUUUUGAAAUGUGUAUUAAUGUCAUUUAAUAAAAUAACUAGUUCUAAA